GCGCGCGCGGGGUUCCUCCAGAGCGCGACGUCCACUGCUGUCGCCGCCGGCGUCCCCGAGCUGCCACCAGGUCUCCAGGACCGUGCGGCCGGCGCUGGGGGAGGAGCGGCUGCGGACCGGGCACCAUGAACAGCGGCGGCGCCAACAUCACCUACGCCAGCCGCAAGCGGCGGAAGCCGGUGCAGAAAACAGUAAAACUGAUUCCGGCUGAAGGAAUCAAGUCGAAUCCUUCCAAGAGACACAGAGACCGGCUGAACACGGAGUUGGACCGCUUAGCUAGCCUGCUGCCUUUCCCACAAGAUGUUAUCAGCAAGCUGGACAAACUCUCUGUGCUGAGGCUCAGCGUCAGCUACCUGAGGGCCAAGAGCUUCUUUGAUGUUGCAUUAAAGUCCUCCCCUGUGGACAGAAAUGGAGGCCAGGAUAACUACAGACCAAACUUUGGAGAAGGCCUGAACUUGCAAGAAGGAGAAUUCUUACUUCAGGCACUGAAUGGCUUCGUGCUGGUUGUCACCAUAGAUGCUUUGGUCUUUUAUGCUUCUUCUACUAUACAAGAUUACCUGGGGUUUCAGCAGUCUGAUGUCAUACAUCAGAGUGUGUAUGAACUCAUCCAUACCGAGGACCGAGCUGAAUUCCAGCGUCAGCUACACUGGGCGUUAAACCCCUCAUCAGGCGCAGACCCUGGACAGGGCGCUGAUGAAACUCCUGCUCUCGCUCAGCCAGUCUACUACAGCCCAGAGCAGCUUCCCCCAGAAAACUCGUCCUUCAUGGAGAGGUGCUUCAUAUGCCGACUGAGGUGUCUGCUGGAUAACUCUUCCGGUUUCCUGGCGAUGAACUUCCAGGGGAGGCUAAAAUAUCUUCACGGACAGAACAAAAAAGGAAAGGAUGGCUCAGUGCUUCCACCCCAGCUGGCUUUAUUUGCCAUAGCUACUCCCCUUCAGCCACCAUCCAUUCUUGAAAUCCGAACCAAAAAUUUCAUCUUUAGAACCAAACACAAGCUGGACUUCACACCUAUUGGCUGUGAUGCUAAAGGCCAGAUUGUCCUGGGCUACACGGAGGCCGAGCUGUGCAUGAGAGGGUCCGGGUAUCAGUUUGUCCACGCUGCCGACAUGCUGUACUGUGCCGAGUCCCACGUCCGGAUGAUUAAGACGGGAGAAGGUUGCCUAGCAGUUUUCAGGCUUCUUGCCAAAGAUAAUCGAUGGGUCUGGGUCCAGUCUAAUGCACGCUUUAUCUAUAAGAAUGGAAGACCGGAUUUUAUCAUCGCAACUCAGAGACCCCUAACAGAUGAAGAAGGCAGAGAGCAUUUACGAAAACGAAAUUUGAAGUUGCCUUUCAUGUUUGCCACUGGCGAAGCUGUGCUGUAUGAGGUGACCAACCCUUUUCCUCCCAUCAUGGACCCCCUGCCAAUAAGGACUCAGAGUGGUGCAGGUGGGAAGGACCCAGCUACCAAGCUGACUCCGAGUAAAGAUUCUCUCAACCCCAGCUCCCUCCUGUGUGCCCUGAUGCAGCAGGAUGAGUCUGUUUACCUCUGCCCGCCUUCAAGUUCAGCACCUUUUGAAAGGAGCUUUUUUACAGACUCCCUGAGCGAAUGCAGAAACUGGCAGGGGGGCAGCAUUACAUCUGUGGCCAGUGGCAGUGGCAGUGUCCUGAAACACAAGCAGGUUGGUCAGUCUCAGGAAGCAAACCACGCGUUCUCAGGAGGUCCCCCGGGGCUCUUGCCAGAUAAUAAAAACAGUGAGUUGUACGACAUCAUGAGGAGCCUGGGUGUAGACUUUGAAGAUUUCAAGCAUAUGCAGAACGAGGAGUUUUUCAGCACUGACCUUCCUGCAGAGGUGGACUUCAGAGACAUUGACAUAACCGAUGAGAUCCUGACGUUCGUCCAGGAGUCUCUCAACAAGUCCCCCUUGGUGAGCCCAGGUUACCAGCCUCCGGCCGCCGCAGCCCUCAACUCAAGCUGCAUGGUGCAGGGACACCUACAGCUCGGACAGCCCCCACAGCCACCGUGUCCCCCGGAGCAGGUGGUAGUGGAGCCACAGCAACAGCUGUGCCAGAGAAUGGAGCACAUGCAAGUGAACAGCGUGUUCGCCAACUGGGGUGCCAACCAGCCGCUGCCUCUCACCUGUCCUCAGCGAGUCCUGCAGUCCUACGACAUCUUCACAGACUCACACACAGCGGAUCAGACGUUUCCCUACACGUCGGAGGUGGACGCUGUGCCUUACACACAGAACUUGAUUCCUUGUGAGCAGGCGGCACUGCCACAGCACAAGCAAGCUCAGUUGGCCUUGCCUAUGGGGAGUUUUAACUCAUCCUCCUACCCAAGUACCUCGAACAUAGAAGAUUUUGUUACUUGUUUACAUGCCCCUGAUGGACACUUGGGUGGAAUGAAUCCACACUCAGCCAUGGUAACUCCUCAGGCGUGUUAUGCUGGGGCUGUGUCGAUGUACCAGUGCCAGCCGGGACCAGCACACACCCUGGUGGGACAGAUGCAGUGCGACCCACCAGUCCCGGGCCCUCCGGCAUUUUUGAACAACUUUCAGAAUGGAGGAGUGUUAAAUGAGACAUACCCUGCCGAAUUGCAUGACGUAAAUAACACCAUGUCCAACACACACCUCCCGCCGCUGCACCACCCGGCCGAAGCCAGACCUUUCCCUGAUUUGACAUCCAGUGGUCUGCUGUGAUUCUGAGUCCAACGUGUGCCUCUGUUUUCUGGAUGGAAGUAGCUUGUGAAGGACUAGAGAGUCACGAGGCGGUCAGUGCUGGACACCAGCAGGUCCACCUGGAGGCGCCGAUGCGUGCCUGGCGUCUGUCCCGA